AUGUGGCUAGUUGUUAAUUUUAUAUUGGACGACACGGUGGAAGUGGUUCCUCAACAAUGGUUGAAUAUUAAAAAAGGUAUUUGUGGAUGGCCAAAAUUUACUAAAAAAAUAGAUGUCGAAAGAGCAGUGAGAAAUAAGACAAAAGCAAAUAAAAAGGAAUUUAAUUUUUUUGAGGCUCGUGCUAUGUCCAGUUUAAUUGACAGUUAUACAAAAGCUAUAAAAAAAUGUUAUAUAGCAAAAUCAAAAUCUGACCUUUCAUCGUGCGCUGAAGAAACUAAAGAAAAAAAGAAAACAACGAAAAGCAUCAAUGGAGAAAUUUCCGAUACAUCACUUAAAUCUGAUAGUUUACCAUUAUAUUCGACAGAUGAUGAACUUGAAAUUAGAAAAUCUAUUCAAGGAUCUUCUAAGGGUAGUAAGUAUGAAGAUAAUAUGGUGACUGAGAAAAAUCUCUCAAUUUAUAAAAAACCGAAUAAUGGAUGGUCCCCCUUAAAAAGUUCUGCUGACUCUUCAUUUGUAACACCAACUGUUCAUAGUUUAAUAAAUGAUGACAUUAUAUUAAAUACUACUGGCUCUAAAUCAAAUUCAUGUGAAGUAAUCGACAGCAUUGGUCAUACGUCUGAUACAACUUCUUUGACCAGAACAAUGACAUUAUCUUCUCAAAAUAGUAUUCAUAAAGACAACUCACAUAAUUUAUCAUCUGGAGCUAACAGAAGAUUAAUAUUUUCCGAUUUGGAUAGUUCUCAAACUAUUGUUAUGAAUAAGAGCCCAAUUAUGUCUUCAAAAACUUCAUUUGCUGAUAAUCAAUAUACAAAAUUAUUAAAUUAUAUGAUAACAAUGAAAUAUGAAAUGCGUUCAAUUCAUGAAAAAUUAGACAUACUUAUUCAAACCGGCGAAGAAAAUUCCAUGACAAAGAUGACAAGAGAAUCGGGUGUUUUUGAUACAUCUAUUAUAGAUAGUAGAUUACCGAUUGAAAACGAAGAAAAACUUGAAACACUCGAAACUGAUAUAUCGAAUGAUAAAAGUUUUCGGAAUCAGUUGGUUCUACGUUUAUCAUCUGUAGGUGGAAAGACUAUAAAAUGUAUGGUAAAAAGAAUUAUGACAUUGCUAUUUACACCUGAAAUAUUGUGUAAAUUUUCGUAUAAUGGCCGCGGGAAUAAAAAGCGCCCUUUUGAAAAGUUGCUGGUUAAAAAUGUUAUAUUUGAAUCCGUGAAAACCAUAAAAAAAUUUGCUUUGUCAGACAAUGCAUCCAACGAAAUAGAACAAGUCAUAAAGUAUGUUCUUAUCCAGACUCCAUUUAAGAUUAAAAAUAAAACAAGUGGUUGA